AUGCUUCCCCGUCGGCCGUAUCGUGGAUCAGUCCGCAAACUGGUCCUUGCCUUCGACGUAGGCACUACAUACAGUGCGAUUUCCUACUGUAUACUUGAUCCUGGAGAAGUUCCAAGGAUCGAGCCUGUCACCAGAUAUCCAGCCCAAGAGCACAGCGGAGGGAACUCGAAAAUACCCUCUAUACUCUACUAUGAUUCAAAUGGAAUCGAGGAUAUUAUCGAAAGGGCUGAGGAAGAAGGAUGGAUAAAGCUUGAAUGGUUUGUGUGGAAAUUGCACCUUCGGGCCAGAAAUUUGACCGCCAACCAUAUCACCGACAAUGACAUCCCACCACUUCCACGAGGUAAAAAUGCCGUCGAGGUUUAUGGCGACUUCAUGCAAUACCUCUUUUGUUGUGCACGCAGCUAUAUCGAGGAGACUCAUCCAAGUGGAUCUAAUCUUUGGCGGUCACUCGAAAAUCGUAUCGAAUUUGUCCUUACACAUCCAAACGGCUGGGAGGGCCCGCAGCAGAAACAGAUCAGGCUAGCCGCCGUCCUUGGCGGUCUAAUUCCCAACACAGAAGACGGCAUGGCACGUGUCCAUUUGCUGACUGAAGGAGAAGCGAGUUUGCAUUACUGUGUCGCUACUAUCCUGGCCUCAGAUGCAUUGUCGAAGACACCAAUGCUUGCAUCUGAAGAUGGCGAAGACGAUCACAGCUCGCCGGGCCAAGGUGUUGUCGUUAUCGAUGCAGGUGGAGGGACACUCGAUCUUAGCGCCUACUCGAUGACUUUAUCCCCGACGCUGAUCGAAGAGAUUGCUGCAGCCGAAUGUCGACUCCAGGGUUCUGUAUUCGUGACUCGUCGUGCUCACGGUCUUCUUCAAGAAAAAUUAUCCAGCAGUCGUUUCGGCACACCGGAUGUAGUCCAACAAAUGACAGACAUCUUCGACAACACCACCAAACUUAGAUUCCGCAACCCGGAAGACUCAUCCUACAUCAAGUUCGGUGCCGUCCGCGACAAAGAUCCUCAGCACGAUAUUCGCAACGGUCAGCUUAAAUUGAGUGGACAAGACGUAGCAAAACUCUCUGAACCCUCCAUCAGCGGUAUCAUUGAAGCUUUCGAAACUCAAAGAAAGGCUGCGGGCACUCCGAUCACAUUUGUAUUUUUCGUUGGAGGCUUUGCUGCGAGCGACUGGAUGUUCGCCAAGUUGCAAGCGUACUUCCAGUCGCUUGGUAUUAGCUUCAGUCGACCAGACAACCAUUGCAAUAAAGCUGCUGCAGACGGCGCUGUGUCACAUUUCAUUGAUCAUCUUGUAUCGUUCCGUGUGUCCCGUUUCACAUACGGCACCGAAUGCAGCGUUCCAUUCAACCCAUUCGAUAUAGAGCAUCGCGCCAGGCAAAAGGAUGUUUUCCGAAGCACCUCGGGAAUUCCUGCCCUGCCUCGUGCAUUUUCAUCCAUACUGACCAAGGGAACACGGGUCUCUGAGCAGCAAGAGUUCAGUGAGACAUUCGUAAUCCGACGGUAUAAUCAAGCCGUAUGUAACCGAGUCGAAGUCGACAUCAUGGCGUACAGGGGCCUCCUCCCCACACCGGAAUGGAUGGAUAUAGAGCGAAGUUCAUUCUCGGUGGUGUGCACCGUCCGCGCAGACACAUCAAAAAUUGCUGAGAAACUCGCACCCAAGCGCUCCAUCGAAGGUUCCACGUAUUAUGCCAUGGAGAUCAAAGUCAUUCUUCUCCCCGGGUCGACAGAAUUGAAGGCUGCGAUCAGCUGGGAAGAGGGAGGAGAGGAAAUACGAAUUCCAGCAGAAGUUGUUUUUCGAUGAUGAGCAGGAAGAAGCCUAGUCGUUCUGUAGAGCCACCUCACUCACGUACUAUGCGGUGAGUCCGCAGCGUCCUAUGGCUUCUCGAGGUUGUAAUUUUUCUUACCGGUGGCAGCACCAUAUCGGACUUGCAUACGAACUUUGAACAUCUCGACUGGAUGACAGAGUGUUGAAGUGAUCGAGUUGCGAAAGCGAAUGGUGCAACAAACCUGGACCGUAAAGCGCACCUUUGUAUCUCCUAUUGCGAGAAAUAACAACAAGGCGUUCGCCUAAUCUCUUUCUCGCUCAUAUUCUUAUUAACAACACACAGUUUUAUCGUUGUGUCCCAUGAACCAGUGACCAGCACUGUUCCAUCAGGAGAAAAAUCCAGCGAGGUGAUAUAAGUGAGCGAUUCCCCAGUUUCU